GCCGGGCCCAAUCACACCCCUUCUCGUAACUGGUUAGCAUCCGUUCCUGCAACGCUCUCAAAAAUUCAGAAAUCUGUUAAAUGGUUGCCUUCCGCCUGCUUCCCAUAACCGGGCUUUCUACCUUUUCUUCUCCUUCCCACAAACACCAGCUUCUUCUCGGCAUUUCAUCGAACAUCUCACCCCCAAACCACCAACGCGCCAUCUUAGAAUCGCAGCUUAUCUCCGUCCUACAAUCGUCCACCUCCCUCGCCCACCUCAAGCAUGUGCAUGCCCAUCUCCUCCGCACCGGCCUCGACCAAAGUAGCUUCGUCCUCUCCAAGCUCCUCCGCACGCUCACUAAUCUCAACCUUCCCGUCAACUCCUACGCUCGCCACCUGUUCGACCAUGUGCACUACCCAAACCCCUUCCUAUACACCGCCCUCAUCCGCGCGUACGCCCUCCGCGGACCCUUCUCCCAAUCUCUACUACUCUACUCCCGCAUGCGCCGGGUUGGUACGCGACCACUCUCCUUCACCUUCUCUGCGCUCUUCAAGGCUUGCGCGGCACUGCCAGAUGUUGAUGCAGGCCGCCAGGUCCAUGCCCAGACGAUUUCGAUUGGAGGGUUUGAUUCUGAUCUUUAUGUUAACAAUACAUUGAUUGAUUUUUAUGUGAGAUGUGGGUGUCUGGAGGAUGCAAGAAGGGUGUUUGAUGAAAUGCCUGAGAGGGAUGUGAUUUCUUGGACGACACUGAUUGUUGCUUAUGCAAAGAGGGGGGAUAUGGAUGCAGCUGAGGAGUUGUUUAGCAGGUUGCCAGAGAAGGAUAUGGUUGCUUGGACAGCGAUGGUUGCAGGUUUUGCACAGAAUGCGAGGCCAAGAGAUGCGCUGAGGCUGUUUGAGAGGAUGCAGGUAGCAAAGGUUGAGACGGAUGAGGUCACUCUGGUAGGGGUUAUUUCGGCUUGUGCACAGUUAGGUGCGGCGAACUAUGCAAGGUGGAUUCGGGAUGUCGCGGAAAGAGCUGGGUUUGGGCCUGAAACAAAUGUGGUUGUAGGGUCAGCAUUGAUAGACAUGUAUGCAAAGUGUGGGAGUGUGGAGGAGGCAUACCGAGUGUUCGAGGGAAUGACGGAGCAUAAUGUAUUUUCUUACAGUGCAAUGAUCGUUGGGUUUGCAAUGCAUGGACAGGCAGACGCGGCAAUGCGGUUGUUUAAAACGAUGGUAUCAAAAACAGAGGUAAAGCCAAACGGAGUCACAUUCAUCGGCAUGCUGACAGCAUGUAGCCAUGCAGGGAUGGUCGAGCAAGGUCGGCAGUACUUUGAAAGUAUGCUCAAUGAUUACAGGAUUGUCCCGUCAGCUGAUCACUAUGCGUGCAUGGUGGACCUUCUCGGGCGAGCUGGGCAUGUGGAAGAAGCCCACAAUCUCAUAAACACAAUGCCCUUUGAGCCACACGGAGGCGUGUGGGGCGCUUUGUUAGGUGCCUGCCGCAUCCAUGGGAAGCCCCACAUUGCAGAGAUCGCCGCAAACCAUCUGUUUGAACUGGAGCCCAAUGGGAUUGGAAAUUACAUUCUGCUUUCGAAUAUCUACGCAUCAGCUGGAAUGUGGGAUGAUGUGUCAAGGGUAAGGAAGUUGAUGCGAGAGAAGGGUCUGAAGAAGAACCCUGGCUGCAGUUGGGUGGAAUCAAAGGAUGGUGUUGUUCAUGAAUUUUUCGCAGGUGAUUCGUCACACCCAAAGGUCAAUGACAUAAAGGUAGUGUUGGAGGAGCUGCUAGAGAGGUUGAAACAAGCUGGAUACACGCCAAAGCUGAGGUCUGUGGUAUACGAUGUGAGCAAUGAAGAAAAAGAGCGGUUGCUGAAGAAUCAUAGUGAGAAGCUGGCACUGGCAUUUGGGCUGCUGACAACGAGCCCUGGGAGUGUGGUACGGAUUGUGAAGAAUCUGAGGAUGUGUGAAGACUGCCAUUCGGUCAUGCGCAGUGCGUCUUUGGUAGAAAAGAGAGAGAUUGUGGUGAGGGAUAACAUGAGGUUCCACCAUUUUCGCGAGGGUGUGUGCUCAUGUGGCGAUUUCUGGUGACCAAGGAAAAUCUUAUGAUCUUAACCACCUGAUUCCAUCCAGACCGUUGAUUGUUUUCUUUUCUGACUGUCCAUUUGGUGGCUUGACAACAUGAUUACCAUACAAUAUUUUUUGGAUUGAAUUAUUGGAACUGGGAGUGCUUCAAGCUUGUGUGGGGAUGUGUUUGUGUCGAAGAUGCCAACAGUGGUGACAUUGUUGAAUUCUUCUAAGAGAACAGUCAGUCUCAGUCGAGAAAAUUAAGUUCUCAAUCAUCAAAUGGGAACUAUAAGGAUUUGAAUUCAAUGGGUUAGAAGCGGCGGAUUCAUUCAGGUAUUGGAAGACGGCAAUAGAAAGAAGACUGUUAAAACGGAGAAAGAAUACAGUGUAAAUGCCCGCUUUUGAGGGCGUUGAAAACAUAAUAUCGACGAGUCAUUAAUUAGCAAUCUAGGUCAAUCAGUCAUUGAGGUUGCAACUAGAGGAGAAUGGACCAUUUUCAUGACACUUGUCUGGGCCAGCUGGGGUUGGGAUCCGAAUGAAACGGAAUGAAAACCAUUGGAGGUGGGCCUGUAAUAUUUUCAAUCAGUCAGUUUUGGCAUGAUGGAUUUCUAACUCCUGACCAUAGCUGAGGAGAGUUGGGCAAUUUCUUGAAGGGGAUUGCAGGAUGGAGGAAAAUUGAAAUGUGGACAGGGAAAUGUUACUUGAAUUCCUCAGGUAUUGUAUAACCAUGGAUUUCGAUUUUCAGGUAUGUUCACCCCAUGUAUCUUAUUUGCCUUAGAAAUCGAUUUAAUGUCUUUUUUGAGAGAAGUGAAUGUCUUUAGAUUUUUAGGAAAAGCUAGGAAAUUGAAGUAGGUUUUCAAGCCUACAAGCAGAAGAAAAGUGGGUUUUCCCUACAGGCUGAUUUCAUUUCUAGGGUUUUCCAUGUUCCCAAACACCACCCAAUGAAAUUCAUGAUCUUACUCAUUGGUUAAACAUACCGUCACUAUGUAACUAUCCGAAUGAAAAUGUGGAUGCAUUACCGAAAGGUGAGUGUUUCAGGAGAGGUUUGUGUUGGAUAUCUUUACAGUUAGCUUGAUGUCUUGAUUUUAUUUUGUAAAAUGAAAAAAAAAAAAAAUCCUCGUUGUCGUCAUUGUCAUUGUAGCCUUGUCCUAGCUAUUUGGUGCAAGCUUUGCAAAUUUUGUUUCCCCAAUCAUUCCUAUAUAACAUAGUGAAAAAUCUCAA